CAAACACAAGUAAAUUAAAAUCCUCAGGAAUAAAUUUCCAAGGAUUUUGUAAAAAUUAAUCGAAAGAAGAAUUUGUUAAGCGAUCGAUAGACGAUUAACGAUGGAGGUGCCGAUCUCAUGGGAUGCUCUACGCAAACAGGCAAGGAAACUCGAAGCUCAGUUGGAUGAGCAGAUGAAUGCAUAUCGCAAGUUGGUCUCCAAUAAGGUUUCGACGAAAAAUGACUCAGAAGAAAAUGAUAUUGAAUCUGGUAUAGACCGAUUGCUAAAACAGCUACAACAAGUAAAUUUGAAAAUGCAAGACUUGGUCUCAUCUGGUGGUUCUGAAAUGGUUUCUCAUACCUUGACUAGGCAUCAGGAAAUUCUUCAAGAUCUCACUCAGGAGUUCUAUCGUCUUCGCUCUAGCCUUAGAGCUAAACAAGAACACGCUUCCCUACUGGACGAUUUUAGGGAAUUUGAUCGGACUAGAUUAGACUUGGAAGAAGGUGUGGGUUCCACAGAACAGGCACUAAUAAAGGAGCAUGCAGCCAUCAGCCGGAAUACAGGACAUAUGGAUAAUGUAAUUUCACAAGCUCAAGCAACUCUUGGUGCACUUGUCUUUCAACGUUCUACUUUUGGGGGGAUUAAUUCAAAGCUCAGCAAUGUUAGCAGCCGUCUACCAACGGUGAGUCAGAUUUUGUCUUCAAUAAAGAGGAAAAAAUCUAUGGAUACCAUCAUUCUUUCUCUGGUUGCAUCUGUAUGCACAUUUCUCAUCUUCAUCUACUGGUUGAGCAAGUGACCAUGUAUGUAUCCAUGCAUGCCAAUGAUUGUGGUGAAACAGGUUCCAUCUUCGGUUUGAUGCCAUGUAUCGAGCUAAGAAGGGGUGUUAUCUUGUAAGUUGAUAUUGGACAUUCUUAGCGGGCACUGCCACUAUGGGAUUCCCGAUAUAUAGGUCAAAUUCAACAUUCACGUAUGCUUAAUUUCUUUUGUUUUUUUAGGUAUCAUCCCUGUAAAGCGAGUGAAAGGGUACAAAUAAGAAGAUUAUUUCA